CCAGCAAUACUUCACAGUCUUGAGUUGAUUGUUCGCAUUGGUUGGUGAUAGAAGAAAACGAUGACUAAUUUUUAUGUUUACUGCAAAAAUUGAAGAAAAAUAUCGAAACAUUGAAGUUUAGAAAAACAAGACACAGUUAUUCGAUCGGAAAAAUAAAUUCGGGCGCGGUGUAAUUGUGAAGUGCUGCAAAAAUGAAGAAACAAUUCACGAAAAUAAAAAUUGCAGCUGAAAAUUUAGGGAGGUCUAAUAAAUCUGAUUGCAAGGAUUCCGAAUUAGAAAUAAUUGAAAAACAAGUGGACAAGUAUAAAGAUGUGCUCGAGAAAAUGGUGCGUAAAUUGCCGGCUGUUAGUUCGACGACCGACACACAGGAGCGUGACAAACGAAUCAAAAAGAAUAGCCAUUACAAAAUCGGGCAAGCACUAGAAGAGUCCUCCAAAGAUCUCUCCAAAGAAAUGCCGUUACAUCACGUCUUGUCAAAUUGUGGCGAACUUGAGAAGUCAAUUGCGGAAUGCAUCGUCGACAAUGAACUGGAGACAGAGACCGAAGUGGUGCGCCGUUUGAAGCAAAUUUUGGACAAUGAAAUCCAAGAGAUCUCAUCACUCAAACGCAAUGUGUCACGUACAGUCCAGGAAUAUCAGUCACUUAAGCGCAGCUAUGAGGCCGCCGUACGCUUGGACGAGGCGCCCGCUAAAAUCAAUCACAUCAAAGACCAACAGGAACAAUGUGAAGUGAAGUUGGAGAAAGAGCGUGACUCGCUUGCCGCACUCAUGUUCGAGCUGAUUACCAAAGAGGAUGUCAUCGUCCAGAGCGUGCGCGACUAUGUGCUCUAUCAGCGCAACUAUCACGAGCGUGCGUUACAGAAGGUGAACGGCUCACUUGCAUCCAUACAAGAUAUCAUACAGUCGACGGCUAAAUCACGCUUUGGCACAUCGCUUACAGAGCAUUUAGAUUCGACGAAUCGUGAGAUUUCCUACAUUAUAGAGCUGUGCAUUUGCUGUCUCAUCGAGAAUGGUCUUUACGAGGAGGGCUUACUGCGUGUGGGCUGUGCCAGCACCAAGUUGCGACGCAUGAAGCACGCGCUGGAAGCGCAAUAUGUGAAGACACCUUUACCGUUAGAGUAUCAGGAUCCGCAUGUCAUUGGCUCCAUACUCAAGCUGUAUUUGCGUGAACUACCCGAACCGCUGCUUACCUACAAAUACUACAAAGACUUUAUUAAUGCAGCGGAACGAGGCUAUGAAGCGGAACGCAAGGUGGCCAUCAAAGCGACGCUGGCCAAGUUGCCGAAGGCGAAUUACGUGAACUUGCGCUAUCUAACGCGCUUUCUCUGGCUGGUCACGCAGAACGUGGAUCAAAACAAGAUGAGCUCGCAAAAUGUGGCAAUUGUUAUGUCGCCAAAUAUGUUGUGGCCGCGUGUAGAUAAAAGCAAUCCGGCAGACUAUUUGGGACAGGUGAAUAGUUCAUCGGCUGUGAAUGUGAUUGUGGAGCUGCUUAUUAGUCAGUGGGAUUACUUUUUCGAGGGAGAAGUGGAAUUCUUUGUGACACUAGUGCGCAGCAAACUCUUUGUGGAGGGUAAAAGCAAAUCUGGCUCUUCGAACGAACAUUUGGAUCGAAAUGACACGGAUUCUCUUGAGAGUCCACGUUACGGUACCAUACGCCGUCAAAAAGCCUAUGCGCCCUCACCGCCAAGCGCCGCCAAAGUAGUGGAGAAAAUCCCUACCAUCAACAAUGACUCGCAACGCAACGAUGAGAUGAACUCACGCGUUAAAGAACUCUUUCCUAACAACACAGCAGCCGCCACAGUCACCACACCUGCUCCGCUAGCAGUUAAUAAUAAUUAUAAUAACAAUAACAAUGGUAAUAGCAGUAGUAGCACAGAAAAGCCGGAAAAGCCGCCAUUACCAAAGUUGCCACAGUUCCAACAGCCGCCUACGCAGCAGACACCGCUCGGCCCACCACCUGAGCCGCCGUUGUCAGCCAAACCGGUGCCCAUGACACGUACACAAUUCUUCGGUUUGGAUAAUUUACCCUCACCGGUGGCGGAUCGCAAAAGCACUGAGAGCAUAGGUUCACUGGUAUUCAAGCCAGAUUUGCCACAAAAACCAAAGAUACCGAAACGACCCAUGGUGCUAGGUCUCAGUGGCAGUGGCGGUGGUAAAAGUGAUGACGAGACAACGCCAACACAAACACAAACCACUGAAGCGGGUAAUGGCUGUGGUGGUGCUAAUGGUGGCAUGGGUGGCGGUGGAAUUGGCAUAGUUUCACGCACCACUGAGAAAUUCAUCGAAAAGUUACGCAGCGAAAAUUGUGGCGAUAACAAUGCGGUGACGGCAAUGCGCGAAAAUCAACACAAUCAGCGGCUAUUGAAUUCGGAACAAAAUGCGAACAUAAACAGUAGCGGUGGCGGCAGCAGUAACAGAAACAGCACUAGCAGUAUGUACAGCAUUGGUAGUGGCGGUCAUUCGCGUUCAAAUUCGAAUACGAAUGCCAAUAUUUGCGCGCCACUGCAGCAGCCGCUAUCAGAAACGACAAGUGCGGCGUCAAUUACAACAGGAUCGGUGACGAAAACAUCAGCUGUGAGCACAGCACAAGCGCAAACACAAACACCAGCGCCGAUAACACGUAUCACACCCACAACGCCCGUUUCACCGCACAUGAUGCUGACGAAACGGCCCACGGUGCCAGCGCCACCACCGCCUACGGUGGUGAAGAAACAAGCGGAUUAAGCGGACAUUUGUAUUUGUAUUUGUAUAGUUAUAAAAGAAUCAUGCACACACAUACACAGAUAUACUCCUGUGCAUGCACGCACGCACUGUUAGCGAACUGAACUGUUAUACAGCAGCUUAUGCGGCAAAAAUGUUUGCUUCGGCAGAGCAGACAAAGUUGAAACUGUGUAAAGGCGAAAUGCGUUGCAUUCGAGGUUGGAUCAAAUGGCAUACCAGUAUUGUUUUUAUUCUAUUAAAAUUAAAAAUUGCAUAAAUUAUACGUGUUUGGGUUACAAAAUUGGCAGUAUAACAGCUAAGAAUUGAGCUUUAUUAAAAAGAAAAAAAAAAGAAAAAAAGAAUCUAUUACAUUUUAAGACAAAUUCUGUUUUAAAAAUUUUGUUACAAACUAUUUUUAUCAUGUCUAAAAUAUAACUUAUUUGCUUAGCAAACUGGUUGUUCAUAUAAAAAUCGCUUAUCCGACGCUUUAAGAUACAAAUUUAUUAGCUAUAUAUAAAAUUCUUUUAAUUUAAGUCGCAAUUAUUUUUAUUAACUUGGAGUUUUUAUUUAGUAAUACUUUCCAGAUAUUAAAUAUUCAUAAAUUAGUUGCGUUUUUUUUUGUUUAGAAAAGAAAAAAAAUUAUGUUUGUUGUUGUUUUGAAAAAAUCAAUUGUCGUGUGAAUCUGAAACUUUCAAAAAGUAGAUGAAAUAUGUCGAUUAUUAACUAAAUGGCUUUGAGAAAAAUAAGAUUAGUUCAAUAAAUUCUAAAACCAAAAUCAAAUAUUAUUAAAUAAUAAAAAAUAAAGAUUGCAAACUGAAAAUAUAAGCAGUGAA